UUGCUCAUCGGGUAAAGGAGGAGGGCGCCGGCGAGGAGAGAGCGUGUUGCCUGAGGCGGCCGGGGAGCGGCGGAACAGAGUGUGAGGCAGCAGCGGCGCGAUGGCUCCGGCUGGAGACCGCCCAGGCUACUGGGGCCCUACGACCUCCACGUUGGACUGGUGUGAGGAGAACUACGUGGUGACCCUGUUCAUCGCUGAGUUCUGGAAUACAGUGAGUAACCUGAUUAUGAUCAUACCUCCAGCUUUUGGUGCAAUUCAGAGCAUUAGAGAUGGACUGGAGAAACGGUACACUGCCGCUUACUUAGCACUCAUGGUGGUAGGAAUGGGAUCCUGGUGUUUCCACAUGACUCUGAAAUAUGAGAUGCAGCUGUUGGAUGAACUCCCCAUGAUUUACAGUUGCUGCAUAUUUGUGUACUGCAUGUUUGAAUGUUUCAAGACAAAGAACUCAAUAAACUACCAUCUGCUUUUUACCCUAGUUUUAUUCAGUUUAACAGUGACCACGAUUUACCUAAAAGUAAAGGAGCCUAUAUUCCAUCAGGUCAUGUAUGGAAUGUUGGUCUUUGCAUUAGUACUUCGUUCUAUUUAUAUUGUUACAUGGGUUUAUCCAUGGCUUAGAGGUCUAGGUUAUACAUCCUUGACUAUCUUUUUAUUGGGAUUUUUAUUGUGGAAUGUAGAUAACAUCUUUUGUGAUUCGCUGAGGAGCUUUCGAAAGAGAGUGCCCCCUAUCCUAGGUGUUACAACACAGUUUCAUGCAUGGUGGCAUAUUUUAACUGGCCUGGGUUCUUAUCUUCACACCCUUUUCAGUUUAUAUACAAGGACACUUUACCUGAGGUACAGGCCAAAAGUGAAGUUUCUCUUUGGAAUCUGGCCAGUGAUCAUGUUUGAACCUCAGAGGAAGCACUGAUGAAUUAUUCUGAGAAAACAGAAAGCACAACUACUGUAGUUCUGGCAAGAUGGUCAAGAAAUCCCCAAAGACUUGCACAUUCAAAGCACCAUGCCAGUCACAAGAGAUGAAUGACUCAGCCACACAGAGAAUGAACAAUUGGUCUGUGGGGUGUUUCUUUUCUAGCUCCUGGCUUUAUCUCAUUUGUCCUGGACCUAAGACGCUUACAAAGAAACAGAUGGUGUAUAUUUAUAUUUUAGAAUGGUGGAGAAGUUGGGCUUUUCUUAACAGGUUAAUAGUUUGUGCUGGUCAUUCAUGGAAAAUUAAUAUUUUUUCCUUUUUUGUAUUUUUUUACAAGAGUAGCAUGUUAACAAUACUUUUGUUAAUUUUUGAUUAAAUAUUAAACAAAAUCAUUAAGGACUGGCAAAAUCCCAAAUCCAGGUGGUCGAGUGUGAGCCAGCACUUAGCUGUGUCAGCUUUGAUUUAUAUUAUUAACGUCAUCGAUGGUUUUCCAAUAUUAGAAAAGGAAAGACCUGGCUGUGGGAUUGUAGGUAGCUCCUCGCUGUCUGCCUUGGUGCUAGCUGGAGUGCCAUAAGAAAACUCUGACCUGCCAAUGAGCAGGCUCUGCUCUCAUUACCUCCAAGGAUGUGUCUUGGGCUCUGUGGCAAUAGCCACUCAAAGGGGUGGGCCAUGUCCCAUCCUUCAGAAGCUCUCCCAUGGCACUGUGGAAUGUAGUCCUUCUCACCAGCAAAGGCUGGUGCCUUGCUUUCUUUGAUCUUCAAAUUGUUAUUUUUGUGUCUAGCAAAUUUAACUGGUGGUCUAGCCUACCCAUAUUCUGUAUGACAGCAUAGUUUAAGUGAAGUUAUCAGGGAAAGUUGUACUUU